UAUGAAUAUGAAUUUAAUGCAUUCAUGCGAACUAGAAUUUUGAAAUUAGUAAUGUCGGUGUAACGUAUUAAUAAUAAAUUAAUAAUCAAGGAGAGGAAAAGAAAAUGGAUUCGGCGACACAUUUACAAUUUACAACCCAGUCCACCCAGAAAGCAAAAUCGUUGGAUUUAAAAGGUGCGGAAAAGCUGCUUGGUAGCUGUGUGUAGCGUUCCAAUCCAAUCGCUGCCUCAAUUUGCUCUGCUCUACAGAACUCCUUCUCGUUCUUCUCUGUUUGGCUCCGGGGAAAAUCCAGUAAGCUGCCUGCUUCCUUUCUCUACCUCGUGUGUUUCUGUUUUGCCCUCUUUCCUUCAGUCUUUGCCCCAUUUUCUGAAUGUCAGAACUCGGAAGCAAACCGACCUUGCACCAUCGUGAUUUGAAACAUAGGCGUCGCGUAGGUUAAGCUUUCGGACUCUUAAUUGGAGAUCUGAAAUACCUGGCUCAGAUUUCGAUACAAUGUUAGCGGAAUCUGUUUAGACGGCUCUCCUUGAACUGCUACCGAUACCAUCUUUGCAUCUUGGACUUGCACAGCAUAUGGAAAUUCGAGGUUUAGAUUGAAUUGGUGAACUCAUGAUUGUUUGGCCCUAGGUGACAUCUUGUUACUCUUGUGCUAAGCAUUAGACUUUGAGAUCUUUGAAAGUUUUGGAACUGACAGAGAUCAAGAAUGCAUUGAUUUAGCGCCUCUGCUUCUCAUGGGUUGGAUUUACCCUUUUCAUUUUGAUCCCAUUUAAUCUCCUUGUUCAUGUUGCGACCCAUCCUCAUCUUAUGAACUGGUACUGACACAUUGUUUCACAUCCUUUUGUUUUGAUCUCUGCGCUUCCUGGGUUUGCUUCAUGCGUUUGGUGGAGCAUUAACUGUUGACUUGAAAGACUUUCGUGUCUGUUGUGUCUUAAUAUACAGAUUUUGGAGCUUCUUGUGUAACUGUUGAAUUUGUAAGAAUGGGCCGUGGAGUUAGCAGUGGGGGAGGGCAGAGUUCUCUGGGAUACCUCUUUGGAAGUGGUGAGGCUCCAAAACCAGCCCCUAACACUAACAGAGCUUCUCCGAAAGUGGAACAGGCCCCUGCCCCUGCUCCUGUGGCUGCUGAGCCUGUCCAAGCUGCUGCCCCUGCAGAGGGCACCCAGCAGAUCCCAGCAGGAAUUGCCGUCUCUGGCAGCAAAACAAAUAACUAUUUCCGCGCUGAUGGCCAGAACACUGGCAAUUUCCUCACUGAUCGACCAUCGACCAAGGUACACGCUGCUCCUGGAGGUGGAUCUUCUCUGGGUUAUCUCUUCGGUGAUGCCAAGAAGUGAGACAAAGUCACGAGUUGUGUCAAAGUUACUCUGCGCCCUGCCGUUAUAUUUUUUCCUAUCUUCCCUGAAUGAAUUAUGGGUACCUCUUUUGAUUGUAGUAAGGGCCAUGUAUACAGCUGAAUAUUUGCAUGUGUUUCCAACCUGAAAAACAGUUAGGUGUCUUUCCGUCUCAAGGCAAGGGUCUACAAUUACAUCUCAUUUCUACCCUCUGGGAAGCAACUUUACAGAUUGCAAUCCCCACAACCUUUCUCAGCUUGGUUCAUAUAAUCUCUUCACCUGAUUUUGCUUAAACUGUCUGUCUUAAAACUAUGGAACAACGGCAGGGAAGUGAAGUCCGGAAAAAGGGAGGCCUGUCGGUUCAGUAGCAGCAUAAUUUGCGAUAUAUUAUAUGAUAAACAAUAGUUUCUCAA